AUGACGACUGCGCGCAUCUUCAACGAGGGCCACAUCGCCACGGGCAGCUUCUCGUACAACCAUCCUCUGUUCGAGAAGGAGGCGGCAGCUUUCAACGACAUCAAAGUCGACGGGAAACCGGUGUGGCAGAAACAACCACCCGGCCCCUCUACACUGCACAACAGUGUCGUCAUCAACGACCGCUUCCCUUCGCUGGCCCCGUUCUUGGGACCGGUGGAGAAGAAGUUGUGCAAGCCGAGACCCACGACCGACCGCUUGUUCCUCAAGCAGAGGGCGCAACAGUACACGACGUCCGGUCGGAGACACCGCGACGGCAAGAACGGGCCGUGGCGGAUGUGCGUCACCAUCCACGACCCGGCCGCACCCCCACACGCCAAGCAGCUGGAGAUUGGGUUGGCGGACGGCAGCAAGGCGAAGGGUGACGGCGCCGUCAACCCGUUCCAGACCAAAGCUGACGGUACACCGGACUCUCGCCGCUUCGACUGCCCGUCGGGGUCGUACCACCUCAUGGACGAGGUGGCCACCGGCACCGUUUCUCACGCGUCCCACAAGGAAUCGUGGACGACGAGAGCAAGCGGGUCUUCCUGCGACAGGAGCGGCACUGGCAGUGUGGAAACUGCAGAUGCAAGCCCCCGGAGAGUGCCACGAUGA